CUUGUCUGGAGAGAGAGGAGGGUGACAGUGUUGUGUGUGUGACUCAGUUUCUUGCUACAUGUUUGACUGUCUGGACAGCAGAGACAACUGCACAUGUAUUAGCCUUGCAAUUCUUCCACAAGCGUCCCCGCUGAGAGCCAGUGUAAUGGACUGCCCUGCAAUCACAAUAUCCCUGCUGGUGUGGUGUCUGCUCUGCGGCUCCUGCUCCAGCUGCAGUGAUACGCAGUACCGCUCCUCUGACGGGAGCUGUAAGGAGUGCCAGCCGUGUCCCGCAGGUGAAGAGCCCCAGGAGGACUGCGGGAUUGACUCUGGGUGGCCGGUGCAAUGCGUGCCCUGUGAGGACGGCAGGUACUCCCCUGACCGGGGCUUGAACCCGUGCUGGUCCUGCACACAGUGCCACGUUCAGAACCGGGAGGAGCUCUCCCCAUGCCAGCAUACCGCCAACGCCAAGUGUGGCCGCUGUUUAAAAGGGUUCUUUGAGCUCAAGCGCACAGACGGGGGGUCGGAGCUGGUCUGCAUCCCCUGUGCCGGCACAGACGUGACGAGCCGCAAGGAGUGCCAAGUGACGGAGCCCCACGAGACCUCCAUGGCUGUGAUUGGCAUGGUCUCAGCCGCCUCUGCCUUCGCACUGGUGCUGCUGCUGUGGAUCCUCGUGUUUAUCACCAAGCAGAUCAGACGAGAAUACAAGGGCUCCCUCCAGCCCAGCAGACUCCCGGACCCUCUGACUGACCUCAUCACCCAGUACUCAUCAAAGGAACUGCAGCCUCUCCAACAGGAAGUGACCUCGAAGGACGUGGAGCAGGGCUGUCACUCUCCGGAUGACUCCCCCAGAUCACUGAGCUCGCUGAUUCCAGAGAAGGAGACCCCGCCCCAUUCAAUUGUCAUCAACGUCACCACCAAUAUCAAGCCCCCCAGUGAAGGGGGGGAGGGGCUGGGUGACACUGCCCUGUUACAGGAAGAGAUGGAACACCAACUGGAAGAGAUCUGCAGAUUAGCCGAGGGACAGAGCCUGGAGCAGCUGGACUAUGACAGUGUGCAUGACCUGUCUCUGCUGGUGGAUUCAGGGGGGACCCGGGCUUUGCGCAGGCUGGGCUGGGCUCUGGGGGUCCGGCCUGACAUCCUGAAUAACCUGCAUGGGUUCCAGGAGCUCUUCGAAUACCUGCGCACCUCCACCUACAUCCAGCUGCCAGAGCUGGCCCGCGCCGCCGCACGCAUCCACAGGGCAGACCUGGUCGACAGGCUGCACCGGGACCUGGUCUCCACGGAGAGGACCCCCGGGAGCUAGGGCCCACCCCCGCGUUCCGCACGCUCCUCCCUCUCCUCCUGCACACAGACAGGUGCUGGUGUCUAAGUGUGAAAGGUACACAGCCCCAUGUGACAGAGAUUUUAUCUCUUAAAGGAGAACCCGUUAUUCAAUGAUGUGCAAUUUAACACCUUUAUUUCAGAUGUUUUAAAAAAAUGAUUAUUUAGACAUAUGAAAUAUGCAGUGUCUUAUAGAAAGCAUUUAUUAGAAAUGCUUUUUCGUUCAGUCAAGAUUGCAGCAGGGUAACGUCAUUUGAGGAAGGAAAUUGUGGUUGUCGUUACCGACCUAUCAAAAAAAGGUUAUGAGUGUAGCCUACAGGUUAACAACUUUUCAGAGUUAUUUCAAACUGUGUAAAGCAUUUCACUACAGUAAGAGAUGCAGAAACUGCAUGUUGGUGAUGCCGGUGUCCUUAACUUCUGUAGCCAUAGAAAGCUCCCUGACUCAGGAAUUGAAGGGUAAGUUGACUUAAAAGAGGUAUAAUGUCAACUUCCUGUCUGAAAAGCAAGCACAUUUCAAUUCAUCACUUAAUUUAUUUUCAGCAGAACUAGAAUAAUCUUGAAACGGCACACAUUUUUAUUUAUUGAAGGUUUGCUCUCGAGCUACGUUGAAGAGUUCAUAAACCUUUGAAUAAAACACUUCAGUGGUUUGCUCAGGUAAUGCUUUUGAAUCUGAUUGUGUCAAUCAUUUCGCUGAUUUUGAGAAGAGUAAUUUUUUUCUAAUAUAUCCGCUGGUAUUUAAAAGCCUUAGUGAAACAAAAACAAAACCUUGAUGUUAUAGCUCAGGGGGUUACUUGGUGAGCUCUUAGGAGCUUAGUUGUUUCUUGCUAGUUUUGUAAAAUUAGCAAAUUGUUUUUUUUCUUUUGGUGCAAGUUGAGCACUGAAGUAAAUGCUUUGUAAACAUGCCCCAUUAUGUAAGAAGCAGCGAACACUGUGGAAAUGGGAGUCAACCAGUCACCAAUAGACAUAAUAACUACCUAUAGAUAGAGAACAACAUGGAGGUCAAAGUUCAAGAAGUCUCUAAAUAUAAGUUUACUGUGCUAGGAAAACUGCACCCAGUAUAAUUGCUAAUGUAAGAAUGAGGAAAGGGCCGUGUUGCCUAACAUGUUGAUCUUCUGAGUUUACACCUUGUUGUUGUUGCUUGUUUGUGAGCAUUGUCAGGAAACAGUUUCAGUUUAAUGGUUAAUGUACAACUGUUUGUUUAUUCUCUUAAAGGCAGC